AUGUCGUCCGGCCGGAGGUGUUCUGGAGUGUCCGGCCUCGGGGGCGGAGCCGUGUCCCCGGGGCCCGUGGUGGCGGAGGAGGCGGAGCCCGGCGGCAGCGAGGCCAACCGGGAGCUGUUCGAGGCCUGCCGGGGCGGAGACCUGGAGCGGGUUCGCAAACUGGUGACGGCGAAGAACGUGAACAGCCGAGACAUGGCGGGAAGGAAGUCGACUCCGCUGCACUUCGCUGCAGGUUUCGGUCGUAAAGACGUCGUAGGUUUUCUCCUGCAGAACGGAGCGAACGUUCACGCCAGAGACGACGGAGGCCUCGUGUCGCUGCACAACGCCUGCUCCUUCGGCCAUGCCGAGGUGGUGGCGCUGUUGCUUCGUCACGGGGCGGAGGCCAACGCCAGGGACAACUGGAACUACACGCCGCUUCACGAGGCAGCGAUCAAGGGCAAGAUCGACGUGUGCAUCGGUACGAACACGCCGACAACCUGCAGGGACCUGGUUCCUCUGCACAACGCCUGCUCGUACGGACACUACGAAGUCAGCGAGCUGCUGGUGAAGCACGGCGCCUGUGUCAACGCCAUGGACCUGUGGCAGUUCACGCCUCUGCACGAAGCCGCUUCCAAGAACCGCGUGGAGGUGUGUUCUCUGCUGCUGAGCUACGGCGCCGACCCCAGCUUCCUGAACUGCCACAAUAAGAGCUCCAUCGACCUCGCUCCGACCUCGGCGCUGAAGGAGCGACUGGCCCAUGAGUUCAGAGGCCACAGUCUGCUGCAGGCGUCCAGGGAGGCCGACCUGCUUCAGGUCAGGAAGCACCUGAGCCUGGAGACCCUGGGCUUCAGACACCCCCACAGCCAGGAGACGGCGCUGCAUUGUGCGUCUGCGUCUCCGUAUCCGAAGAGGAAACAAGUUUGUGAACUUCUGCUGAGGAAAGGAGCCGACGUCAACGAGAAGUCCAAAGACCUGCUGACCCCCCUCCACCUGGCGUCAGAGAGAGCCCACAACGACGUCAUCGAGGUGUUGGUCAAACAUGAAGCCAAGGUGAACGCCGUCGACCAUCUGGGCCAGACGGCGCUGCACCGGGCCGCCCACGCCGGUCACCUGCAGACCUGCCGCCUGCUGCUGACCGCUGGCUGCGACCCGCUGCUCACGUCGCUGCAGGGAUUCUCGCCGUCGCAGCUGGGCAACGAGAGCGUGCAGGAGAUCCUGCAAGAAGGAGUCCUGAUCGGGAACUCUGAAGUCGACCGGCAGCUGCUGGAAGCCUCCAAAUCUGGAGAUCUGGAAACAGUGAAGAAGCUGUGCACGCUGCAGAACGUGAACUGUCGGGACGUGGAGGGUCGACAGUCGACGCCGCUGCACUUCGCCGCCGGCUACAACCGGCUGGCCGUGGUCCAGUUCCUGCUGCAGCACGGGGCCGACGUCCACGCCAAGGACAAGGGAGGUCUGGUUCCGCUCCACAACGCCUGCUCAUACGGCCACUAUGAGGUUGCAGAACUGUUGGUUCUUCACGGCGCCGUCGUCAACGUGGCCGACCUCUGGAAGUUCACACCGCUGCACGAAGCCGCCGCCAAGGGAAAGUACGACAUCUGCAAACUCCUGCUGCAGCACGGUGCCGACCCGACCCGGAAGAACCGGGACGGCAACACCCCUCUAGAUCUGGUGAAGGAUGCCGACACGGACAUCCAGGACCUGCUGCGAGGCGACGCCGCCCUGCUGGACGCCGCCAAGAAAGGCUGCCUGGCCAGAGUGAAGAAACUCUGCACACGAGACAACGUCAACUGCAGAGACACACAGGGGAGACACUCCACACCACUACACCUGGCAGCCGGUUACAACAACCUGGAGGUGGCCGAGUAUCUGCUGCAGCACGGAGCCGAGGUCAACUCUCAGGACAAAGGAGGCCUGAUUCCUCUGCACAACGCCGCCUCCUACGGGCACGUGGACGUGGCGGCGCUUCUCAUCAAGUACGACGCCUGCGUCAACGCCACCGACAAGUGGGCGUUCACGGCGCUGCACGAGGCCGCCCAGAAAGGCCGCACGCAGCUCUGCGCGCUCCUAUUGGCUCACGGCGCCGACCCGGCUCUCAGGAACCAGGAAGGACAGUCACCAUUGGACCUGGUCACGGCCGACGACGUUCGGGCUCUGCUCUCGGCGGCGAUGCCUCCCUCAGCACUCGGUUUCCAACCUCAGGUCAUCAGCGUGGCGGCGGCGGCGUCCUCUGUAGCUCCGCCCAUCGUCCCUCCUCUCCUCUCCUCCUCCCCCUCCUCCUCCUCCUCAUCAUCCUCCUCAUCCUCCUGCCCUGCUGCUCCUCUCCUCCUCCUCCCCUCUUCCUCUUCAUCCUCCUCCUCCUCCUCCUCGGAUCCUGAUGCUGCAGCUUCGACUGACAGUAACGUCGCCGCAACCUCCUCGAACGUGUUGUGUGUUCCAGGUUCUGAGCUCAGCAUCUGUCAGUUCCUUCAGAACCUGGGGCUGGAGCACCUUCUGGAGAUCUUCGACAGGGAGCAGAUCACUCUCGAUGUUCUGGUGGAGAUGGGUCACCGCGAGCUGAAGGAAAUCGGCAUCAACGCGUACGGACAUCGACACAAAAUCAUCAAAGGAGUGGAGAGACUGAUCAGUGGACCUCAGAGUGUGAACCCGUACCUGACCCUGAACACGGCCAACAGUGGGACCAUCCUGAUCGACCUGUCAGCUGAUGAUAAAGAGUUCCAGUCGGUGGAGGAGGAGAUGCAGAGUACGAUCAGAGAGCACCGAGACGGCGGCCACGCUGGAGGAAUCUUCAACAGAUACAGCCUGGUCAAGAUCCAGAAGGUCUGCAACAAGAAGCUGUGGGAGCGAUACAGCCACCGCAGGAAGGAGGUGUCCGAGGAAAACCACAACCACUCCAACGAACGCAUGCUCUUCCACGGCUCUCCCUUCGUCAACGCCAUCAUCCAUAAAGGCUUCGACGAGCGCCACGCCUACAUCGGAGGGAUGUUCGGCGCCGGGAUUUACUUCGCUGAGAACUCAUCGAAGAGCAACCAGUACGUUUACGGGAUCGGAGGAGGGACGGGCUGCCCGCUGCACAAGGACCGGUCCUGCUACGUCUGCCACAGGCACCUGCUGUUCUGCAGGGUGACUCUGGGAAAGUCCUUCCUGCAGUUCAGCGCCAUGAAGAUGGCCCAUUCACCGCCGGGUCACCACUCGGUCACCGGCCGGCCCAGCGUCAACGGCCUCGCUCUGGCCGAGUACGUCAUCUACAGAGGAGAGCAGGCCUAUCCGGAGUACCUGAUCACCUACCAGAUCACGAAGCCCGACGCCUCUGCAGACGGAUGAGGAGGAAGAGGACGAAGAAAACACGAAGACUUGCUUCAUUAACUGCAUGCAAA